CCAAUGCCCAAAAUGAACUUAAUUAUAUUAAUCAUGCUAUUUCUGAAUCUGAUUUUGAGAAUGUUAUAGAAAAUUAUGCAAAUAUGGUUAAGUUUGAUGAUGAUAUAUUUAUUUAUGAUAGAGAAGAAAGUGAAGAAGCUGAUACCGAUUAUAUAUCUAAUACUGAGAAUUUGAAUAAUCUUUUGCAAUAUAAUGAUAGAGAUUUAGAAAUUGAAGAAAUGUUUAAUUUCAAUAUUUUUUUAGAAGAAAAAACAUAUAAAACAACGAAUAGUAAUGUAGAAUCAGAAGAAGAUGAAUUGGAUUAUAAUAUUGAAGAAGUUAUUAAUGCAUCUAUGAAAAA